CAAAAAAAACCACCUACGCAGACGAACGCUACGAGCUGACGAGCGAGUACAACGGUCGAGCACUUCGUGUCGCAAAAUCCGAGCUAUCAAUGCGACAUUUUCUCAGAAAAGUCAGAGUAGCUGCUUGCAAAAACGUUUAAGAAAGGCAUCUUGUCGCAAGAUUGCUGCACUUGACGCAUUUGCCAUGGCCAGCCGACCUACCGACGCCGGACUGCUCGCGAAGUUGGAGCGUAGUGCUUCGGCGAAUUACACGCCGAUCGCGGACUUAAAUAAUUGCAUCGCCAAAGUCACCGUUAUAGGGAUCGUCAUCACGAAACAGAGCCCACGGACCAUCUCUCCGAAUUCCGAGAAGCCCGACGAACGCUGCGUUCUCAACUUCACCCUGAGGGACUCGCAGCGGGACACCGUCAACGCCGCCUGCUGGGGAGACAGGGAUUCUGUCACGAGCAUCGGAUCGGGCUUCAGGAUCGGAGACUGCGUCCAAGUAAAUGCUCUGGUGAGGAAUAGGAACUUGGGCUCCAACAGCGAGAGGUUUUCGCCCGACGCAACAAGCGCGUUCCACCUGGUGGUGAAUGCGGGCAAGGAGGACGGCGGAGUGAGCCUCGCGGACGAGACGGCCUUUUGCGACCUCCUGCCGCUGUUCCAAGUGCCCCUCAAGUCGGCCUCGGACGUCACGCCCCUCGCAGACCUCCUCUACAGCGGCAAGGACGUGAACGGACAGCACGCCUCCCUGCUCGUCGGCAUCCAGAAGGUCGGAGGUGUCACACAGGUUUCCACAAAGGAUGGGAGGCAGACGCAGAAACUUGAUAUCACCGUUUGUGACCAGUCACAUUUUGGCUUCAAGAUUUCUCUGUGGGACGAAGAGCUGAUACGGUUCUCGGAAGCAUGGAACGCAGGGGAGACAGUGCUCUACAUUGCCGACGUGAGAGUCCGCCUCAAUAACACCUUUGGCAUGACCGGUUCGGCAGAUGGGAAGACGGUGAUCACCGUCAACCCCCAUAUGCCCGAAGCAACCGCACUCUUUGAGUACUUGCAGAGUGUAGAUCUUGCCGACGAGGGUCCUGAGGAGCGCUUCGUGGACACAACCGUGUACACGGCCAAGGAACUCAAUGAAGAGAUCCAGUCGAGGAUGCAGUCUGGCAACUUGACUCCGUUGACUGGUUUCCUCUAUGCGCUUCUCAACCACUUCGAUCUCGACGGUCCCGGUGCGAGGUUGAUCAGUUCACGCUGUGGCCACUGCAACUUCCGCCUGAGGCAGGGACAGGUUUGCUCCAACGGCACGUGCCCCACAGCCCUAGGCCAAGCCGAUCCGUCCGCGGUCAACGAGAUUGACAUACCGGUCAUCUGGACGGACCACACUGGAACGGUCAUCCGAUCACGCAUCAGCGGUCACGUUGCAGACAACCUUCUCGGAGUGACGGUGGAGGAGUUUCAAGCACUGUCCGAAGAUGAAAUGACCUCCCUAAAGUGGAACUUCCUCUUGGAAAGAUUCAAGGUUCAGUUCCAGGUCACUUUUCCGUCAUCUGGAAUGGAACCGAUGGUCCGUGUGGUCAACUGUGAACAUGCGGAUCCCAAGGAGUUCCUGGAACGAGUUUUCAACCGCUUCUGAACUUUUAAAUUUAUUAUGGCAGGAUGUCCAUUCUUC